GUCAUCACCGAGCGCCAACGGCGGCAAACAGAGAAGAUGGCGGACUUGGUGAAUGUCGGUGUGAAUCUAGACGCUUUCUCUCAUGCGAUCAGCGGCAUCCAGGCGCUCCGCUCCAGUGUGACCCGCGUGUUCGAGUCGCUGAAGGAUGGCAUGAAGAACCGGGCCACCCUGGAGGGUCGAGAGAAGCAGUUUAUAGCCGAGUUCCAGGACAAUCUGCAGGCAGUCAACAGAGACCUGAAUGAGUUAGAGCGUCUCAGCGGGCUCGUGGGUCGUCCCUCGGAGUCUCAUCCUCUCCACAACAGCGGCCUUCUGAGUCUGGAUCCGGUUCAGGACAAAACACCUUUGUACUCUCAGCUGCUUCAAGCCUACAAGUGGUCCAACAAGUUGCAGUACCACGCUGGUCUGGCCUCCAGUUUAUUAAAUCAACAAUCACUCAAACGAUCGGCCAAUCAAAUGGGAGCUUCAGCCAAGAGACGACCCAAAGUCCAACCCAGUACUCUAGUACUGCCUCCUCAGUAUGUGGAUGAUGUCAUCUCUCGGAUCGGCAGGAUGUUUCCUGAUAUGACCAUCGAGCUGUUCAGACCCAACGGAACGUCUGCUGUACUGCUGGUAAUACACUAUAGCCCGUGUGUGUUCACAGCAGGUAACGGGGGGGUGUUCUCUGGCUACUGUGUGUGUUCACAGCAGGUAACGGGGGGGGGUGUUGUCCCUCAGGUGACCCUGGGGAAGGUGUUGAAGGCGAUCGUCGUAAUGCGUUCGCUCUUCAUUGACAGAACUAUUGUACGAGGAUUCAACGAAAAUGUUUACAACGAGGACGGAAAGCUUGACAUAUGGACCAAGUCUCAGUACCAGGUGUUCCAAAAGGUAACCGACCACGCAACAACGGCCCUGCUUCACUACCAGCUGCCUCAGAUGCCUGACGUGGUGGUCCGGUCCUUUAUGACCUGGCUGCGGAGCUACAUUAAACUCUUCCAGUCUUCUUGUCAGCGCUGUGGUCGUUUCCUGCAGGACGGACUUCCUCCAACAUGGAGAGACUUUAGGACACUGGAAGCGUUUCACGACACCUGUCGCAUGUAAACAAAAACCUCCUGUUCAUGUGUUUCAGAACUGCUUUUGUACAAUAAAAUGUGCUUAUAAUGUUAUAACAGUUGUGUUUUUACAAAACAAAAUUAUAAACAGAGUAAAUGUGGAUAUACUUUUCUAUA